AUGACUGUCCCCCAAGACAUGCUUGUUUCUCAAGUCAUUCAAGACAUGGCUUUGGAGAUGGAAAGGGAGCACAAAUAUGUCUUUUCUUGGCUGCCAAGCAUGUAUGAACUGUAUGAGACAUUACCUCUAAAGCUGUUGAAGAUACAUGAUUGUGCCCUUGUACAGGUUACCUCUGUAGUGCCCUUACACCUUAAGUGUAGCCCAGUUGAUCUGAGUUGGACUGUUUUGGAUCUAUUAGUUGUUGCUGCCAAGCCUCUUAAAGUUAAGCAGGACAGUACUCUACACAAUUGUGUUGCAGAACGUUUUUUUAAAGGUCUUGAGGAAGAUCAGCCAUCUGUAGCCACAGUUACAGAAGUUGAAUGCUUCUGUACUACUCAUACUAGUACUGAGAAUGGUUGUACUGAGACUUUGCCUGAUGCAACAGACAAUCAUCUUCCUAAUGUUGAGAUCCCAACAGCCCUAGCAAGCCCUGUUCAACCUCCUCAGACUCUUUGUUGUACCCUGCCACCUUAUCCAGCAAGGCAGGUUUGCUUCCAGAGACCCUUGUUGCUCUGUCAGGAGAAUCCACCCAACUAUGUUUCCUUUACAUCACCUUCAAAUGCACUUCCUCCCAUAUUGUGGGAGCAUCUGUGGACUCUGCUGUAUGAUGAGGAUAGCUUCAGUUUUGAAAUGGAAGAUUUCUCAGCUCAAGUGUAUGAAGCUGUUGGAUUCCUAACUGGCAAUACUGAGGAAUUGUUGCUGUGUAGCACAAGUGUACAAGAUCUGGCAGACAAGCUAAUUGAGGCUAUAGAGGACAAACUUUUAGCACCUCUGAGAACAGUCCAAGUAGUUUGCCAGGACGGAUCUAUUGUGACACUCGGGCCUGGCCUAGAGGUUGAGGCCUUGUUUUUAGUAAUGUCAAAGUAUGUUGCUCAGGAAGCACUUUGGUUUGAGAGACUUGCUGCAGAUUAUUGCUCUCUGAAGACAAUUACUACUGAGAGUACUAUAGCACAUGUACCUACUGAAAGGCUUAAAAAGCUAAAGGUACUAGGAGCCUUGACAUUGUUGAUGGUCUUGAACAAGCUUAGACCAGGCCCCUUGAGUCUAACUUGGUAUCCUGAAAUCCACAAUGACCUGCAAAGAUGGAAAGACAUGAGUCCAUCAGGCAACCCCAGUCCAUUCCAGAAGUAUUUCAGUUCAUACAUGCAAUCACAGGCUGCAAGCUAUGAGAAUCAUACAAUUGAAUCUCACAAUUUUAUUGUAUACAACAUACUAUUGGCUUGGAUGUGCCUUCUUCCCUACAAUUUAGUUUUGGAAAGGCUGUGUAUGGAGUGGAAGGAGGCUCAGACGCUUUGA